AUGGCUUCAAUAAAAUCCAUCACCGCUUCGAUUCUGCUGUUCUCAGCCUUAUCAACGGCGUCAGUCGGUCAGAUUCUCGCACCAUCAGACGAUAUUGUAUUCGCUGCAUCUGCAUCUGCAAAGGAUCCUCUGGCGUGGGCUGGUGCUAACUCUCCUUAUCGAGCCGGACCCAAUGUAUACGGUAUCUCGAAUGAAGUUCCGGAUGGCUGUUCUGUGAAACAAGCUGCCUAUAUUGUGAGACACGGGAGCAGAUUUCCAGACUCAGGUGCUUAUGCUGGAUGGGUUGAUCUCCGGAAUAGGAUCCAAGCUGCCAAAACAGCUGGAAACCUCACUGCUAGGGGGUCUCUUUCGUUUAUUCCCAAUUGGAAGACGGUCCUUACCAAUCCGACUCUUCAAAUUUCACAGGAGUCCAUGACCGGUUACAACGAGGGCCAUAACUUGGGUUAUCAGCUAAGGGCUCGGUACCCCAACUUUUACGAAGAUGGAAACCAGUUCUAUGUCUGGGCAAAUCAAUACGCCAGCCCAAUCAACGAAUCCCGCGUUGUCCAAACCGCCAAAGCGUUCAUGCAAGGCUAUUUGGCCGAGUUUGCGGACGCCUAUGGCACAAUUGUCAGUGUCAACUCAACGGGGUCCGUGAAUGCUAUUGGCAAUUCCUUGGGGCCUUCGGAUGCUUGUCCGGCUUUUGCUGCUGGGCCUUCUGGAUCGGAUUUUAAUAAUGCUACUGACUACGAGGCAAUCUGGACACCAAAGGUGCUGAAACGUAUUAAUUCCCUAGUUGAUGGCAUCGAAUUCACCCAAUCCGACAUCCUCUCCAUGCCAUAUCUAUGCGGAUUUGAAAGCCAAAUCACCGGUCGGCUGAGCCCUUGGUGCGGCGUUUUCACGGAUGAGGAGCUCGAAUUCUACGAAUACUCACAGGAUUUGCAUUAUUACUACGGCAUUGGACCAGGCUCAACAACCCCUACCAACAAACUCUUCCUCCCAUUCUUGGAUAGUCUUAUUACAUUGCUAAAGGCUGGGCCGGAUCAACAAGGUAAAGGCGUAAAUGGAACGAAAUUCGAUAUUCCGAAGCUCCUUAUGGCGUUCUUAAAUGAUAAUCAGAUUGCUGAAUUGACUGCUGGAAUGGGUAUAUUUGACGCUCAGGAGAAUUUACCGAUUGAUCGUAUCCUCAAGGACCGGAUUUACAACGUCGCUAAUUUUAUUACGAUGCGUGGAACUGUUACUUUCGAGGUUUUGAAUUGCACUUCAUCGUCGCCCAUAUUCGAAUAUGAUUCGGAAUUGUGCGCUUCCGAAACUUAUUCCGAUUACAUUCGCAUUCUACUCAAUGAUGCAGCCUACAUCCUUCCUCAUUGCCAUGACGGACCUGGCGGCAGCUGUCUGCUAUCGGAGUAUGCGUCGUUUAUUAGCAAGCGUAGCGCUGCAGCUGGGAAUUUCAACGAGUAUUGCAAUGUUACCAAGGCUGGUCACCCUGUGACUGUGGGAGGUGCAAGCUUCUUCAGUGACUUGACGCUUGAUUUCUUGGAGUUUGUUGCUCCUCACUGAGCUUGAUGCAUCCAGAUGUUGCGUCUGAGAAGGCCCGUCAGGAAGAUUCCAAGGUCUUGUAGUUUAAUGUUUAAUAGGGGCUCGGCUCGAAUCUAACUCUUAUCGUGACCUGUGCAUUAUAGAAAUU